UUAAAGCUGGUGGUGAAGUGCUCCCAACAUGCUGAUAUUGUAAAUGAGGCAUUGGAUUUAUUGCAAAAGAACCAAGACACUCCAUCUACAUUAUGGCUCAAUACAAUGUUGCCCACCCUACACGACCAUUCAGUGCAGUGGCUACUUGAGGGUUUGUUUUUGAUGGCUAGAUAG